UUAAAUUUUUCAUUAAAUUACUUAAAUAAUACAUUCAUAUAAAUAUUUACGUAAAGUCUGUGCUUUACAAGCGUAUUAUUACAAUGAUCUAACUAUGUAUUGUCAUGGUGAUUAAUGUCGUGAUUGAUUCUUACGCAAAUAAUUGCUUCAUGCUUAUGAAGUUUCGUUUAUUAUCGAUAGUACAAGAUUCAGCGUCAGUAAUCGAUUCACCAAUCCAGAUGUUAUUAUUAUAUAACCGUUGCUGAUAUUGUGCAGCGUUUCGCGUCGUUAAGAAGAAUUAAUUGUCAUAACAACGUGAUUCGGCGGGCAUUGCGAGUGCAAGUACGUUUCCUUCUCUGGAUGUUUUUAGGAAUCAAUAUAGUGCAGUUGUUAUAGAGAUGGCGAUGACGAGCCGACGUGAAUUGAAGCAAUGUUUGAUUCAAUACAAUAAACAAUGAAAUUUUAUUUUUUCAAUAAAGUGCUUACAUCCGAAGUUUUUGUUACUGUGAUUUAAUAUUAUAUUGGAUGUCUUAUCUUGUUGAUAUGGAAAGUUUACCACUAUUACCGGGCUAUACAUUUUCAAACUGCAAUUCUACGUCAAAAGAUUAUAAGCUGAAGCAGAAAUUGAAAUUCUUAAAUGGAUUUCGAGUAAUUCAUGACUACAAUGGUACUGAAGAUUUCUUAAGUAAUGUUAAAUUGGCUGAAUACGAUCCAAAAUUUACGUAUGGUCAUCGGAAGGACAUCAACAAGGAAGAGUGGCAAAUCUUCCUUCCGAAACAUGUAAUCUUUGCUCAACAAUGUCUCAAAUUUGAGGCAUACUUUAAGCAAAGCACCUUCGGCUCUGACAACGAGUGUUACCGUGUACGACGUGUCAACAUUUUCUUUUAUCUUGAAGAUGAUACGAUGGCAGUUAUAGAACCACCAGUGAAAAAUGUCGGCUUCAAGCAGGGAAAAUUAGUCAGCCGGGGUAAAAUACUCAAGUCGAAGAAGCCGCUCACGUAUUAUCAUUGGAAGGAUCUGAACAUUGGUUUGGACAUCGGCAUUUACGGCGUAGUUUAUCACAUUAUUAAUUGCGACCUGUUCAGCCGUAAUUUCCUCAAUCGUCAAGGCAUCGACGUUCCCGAGGGUCAAAACAUGCCCCCAGAUCCAUAUAUACAUAAUCGCACUUGGAAAGAAUCAUUAGAAUAUCGCUAUGCAUCAACGAAAGAUAAAGCAAAUGCACUCGUUGAUGAUCAGCGCUACCGUUUUCUCGAAUAUGAUCGUAUGGUUCUGUCGUUUGAGGCUAUAUGGAAUAAUGAUUUAUAUAAAAUACAAUAUUACUUGUCGGAUAAUACAAUUGCAAUAUUCGUACUUAGACAUCCGAAUGAGUCAAAAAAAAUAGGUGGCAGUAUGUUGCUGAAAAGAACUAAAGUCCCUAAGAAUUGGAAAGAUCUACCUUCAACAUAUCCAAGGAUUUACGCAGAGAAGACGGAGGCGGAUGUUAGUGAAUACUAUGCGCCAAGUGAUCUACAGGUUGGCGAGACAAUUUUCAUCUUUGGUCGACGUUUCUUACUGUAUGAUUGUGAUCUUUUCACACGCAAAUACUAUUCGGAUAUGCUGAGAAUCGAGCAGCCAGAGCGAAUAAAUUUACCCGACAAAGUUUCGAAUGUAUAUCCAGAGAGAACACCAAAGUCUAUCGAUUUAAAAUCUGACAAUAAUAAUCAAAAUGUUAUUCGCAAGCUCUACCAUUUCCCAAAAAAGCUGCGCUAUACAUUGACAAUGGAUGUCGUGCAUCCAGAAGACGAGGGUCGUGAAUUCAUUCUCGAGUACAGUUUAGCUGAUGGCUCGAUUCGGAUAAUUGAGCGUUAUCAGUGUAAUUCCGGUCGGAUUCCUGGGUGCUUUUUAAAUUGGAUAUGUGUCCCAAAGCCGGAUAAUACGGAAUAUUAUACCCCCAAUGAUUUUCGCAUUGGUGAUAAAAUAAAUAUCCUUGGGCACUGGUUCAUUAUUACGGGUACGGAGCUUUUCGUGUACAAUUACGUAUUGAGUAAUCCGGAGAAAUUUGAUGAAAGCGUCCGGCAGAGUAUCGAAGGGUAUUUGAAACAACAAGGUUUAAUCGACGAACCCAAACAUUGUGACGAAGCCGAACCUGAUAAAAUAACAAAUGAAUCGAAUAAAACGAAUGAAACGAAAUAAAAUCUUCUCACAAAUACUUCUAAUUCAAGUGACCGAAAGAUAACGCUUUAGUAAUGUGUAUCAUCAUGCCUAACAACAGUGAAAUAUUAUCCUACAUAAUUAAUUUUGGCUUA